UAAAUGACGCUGGCACAUUUUAAUAGGCUCCUUCAUGAGGAAGAAACGUCUGUCUUUUAAGCUCCCUGGAGCAACCGGGAUCUAAUUCCUCAUUUCAAUCAGGGAAUUUCUUUCUGAACCAAACUGCUAAGACAGAGUAUUUGAGUAGCACAUUUCACUGGCAUACAGCAGUGUUGGUUCAUUUUGGAGGGUUUUUGGACAGGAAAUCGAUCUACCGGGUAACUUUCACACAAGAAAGGAAACAGUAUGGGACGAUGGCUUGUUAGUACAAGGGACUCUGUUUUGGAAAUUACGGACAAGAAACCUUGGUGGAAGAACGGCAUUCAAGAUCAAAAGCAUGAUGACUCCUGAUGAAAACAUCCCCAAAUGAUGAACCCACAAGCAAAAAGGAACUUCUACUUGGCGGCACCUGACUUGCUGGAUCCUAAAUCUGCCGCUCAGAACUCCAAACCGAGGCUCUCGUUUUCCACGAAACCCACAGUGCUUGCUUCCCGGGUGGAGAGUGACACGACCAUUAAUGUUAUGAAAUGGAAGACGGUCUCCACGAUUUUCCUGGUGGUGGUCCUCUAUCUGAUCAUCGGAGCCACCGUGUUCAAAGCCUUGGAGCAGCCUCAUGAGAUUUCCCAGAGGACCACCAUUGUGAUCCAGAAGCAAACAUUCAUUUCCCAACACUCCUGUGUCAAUUCGACUGAGCUGGACGAACUCAUCCAGCAAAUAGUGGCAGCAAUAAAUGCAGGGAUUAUACCUUUAGGAAACACCUCCAAUCAAAUCAGUCACUGGGAUUUGGGAAGUUCCUUCUUCUUUGCUGGCACUGUUAUAACAACUAUAGGAUUUGGAAAUAUCUCACCGCGCACAGAAGGGGGAAAAAUAUUCUGUAUCAUCUAUGCCUUACUGGGAAUUCCCCUUUUUGGUUUUUUGUUGGCUGGAGUUGGUGAUCAACUAGGGACCAUAUUUGGAAAAGGAAUUGCAAAAGUGGAAGAUACGUUUAUUAAGUGGAAUGUUAGUCAGACCAAGAUUCGCAUCAUCUCAACAAUCAUAUUUAUACUGUUUGGCUGCGUACUCUUUGUUGCCCUGCCUGCGAUCAUAUUCAAGCACAUAGAAGGUUGGAGUGCCCUGGAUGCCAUUUAUUUUGUGGUCAUCACUUUAACAACCAUUGGAUUUGGCGACUACGUUGCAGGUGGAUCAGAUAUUGAAUAUCUAGACUUCUAUAAGCCUGUCGUGUGGUUUUGGAUCCUUGUAGGGCUUGCUUACUUUGCAGCUGUCCUGAGCAUGAUUGGAGACUGGCUCCGAGUGAUAUCAAAAAAGACAAAGGAAGAGGUGGGAGAGUUCAGAGCCCAUGCUGCUGAGUGGACGGCCAACGUCACGGCCGAGUUCAAGGAGACCAGGAGGCGCCUGAGUGUGGAGAUCUACGACAAGUUCCAACGCGCCACCUCCAUCAAGCGGAAGUUGUCCGCGGAGCUUGCCGGGAACCACAACCAAGAGCUGACUCCUUGUAGGAGGACCCUGUCCGUCAAUCACCUAGCCAGCGAGAGGGAUGUCUUGCCUCCCUUACUGAAAACUGAGAGUAUCUAUUUGAAUGGAUUGACGCCACACUGUGCAGGCGAGGAAAUUGCGGUUAUCGAGAACAUUAAAUAACCCUCUCUUUGAAGAACCUUAGGUGUAGCCAUAGGUGAGGACUUCUAUAUGCUCUUUAUGACUGUUGCUGGUAGCAUUUUUUAAAUUGUGCAUGAGCUCCAAAGGGGGAAAAAAUAGAUACACCCAUCAUGGCCAUCUACCAUCAAGAGAAUUUGGAAUUCUGAGCCAGCACUAUCUUUUUGAUGAUGCUUGUUGAGCAGUCCACUUUCUUUGACAAGUGGAAUAAAACAAGCAAUGUCUGAUGCCUUUUGUGCCCAGACUGUUUUCCUCCCUCUUUUCGUAACGUGCCAUAAGGCCUCAGAAUGAAUUAUAAUUGUUUCUGGUAAUCACGUAGCUUCGAGGGAUCAGUCCUUAACUUUUCAGGGUCUACCUAACUGAGCCUAGAUAUGGACCAUUUAUGGAUGACCACGUUUCUUUUUGUAAAUGGCAAGAGAUUCAUAUGCAGCCUUUUACCUAAGAAAUUUUCUGUCAGUGCCUUAUCUUCCGAAGAAACAGAACCUCUCUAGCUAAUGUGUGGUUUCUCCUUCCCCCCCUCCACCCCUAGGCUCACCUCUGCAGCCCUUUAUCCCACAACUCCCGUUUGAAUACCAUACCUUGCUGGGAACAGUGUGUAAACUGAAGUGAUGAUGCCCAAAGAAGGAAUAGAUGCCAAAUUAGAUGGACAUUGAAGCAACUCUCAGAAAUUCUAGCGUUAAAGGCACUGCAAAGAAAUGAGGUGCACAGAUGGCCCCUCUGAGUAUUUAUUUGACUCAGGUACCAGUGGUACAUAUACACAGUAUAAUUAUUUCCAGCCCGGUAAAAUGGGCUGCUCCAAACAGUCCCCCUUUUUUUUUUCCUGGCAGUAUUUGGAAGUUAUCAUUUAUUCAUCGCUACAUAUUUUGAAAGGUGGAAGCAAAAGAAGAAAAAAUAUCUAUAUAUGAUCUGACAGAAGAAAGCGGUUAAACACGGAUCUUAUUGGAGGUGAUUUAAGACAAUUGGUGUGAAUUACCAUUCUGAGGAAAAGAAGAUAGCACGAUAUUAGCAUUUGCUAAUAAACAUUAUGCUGCCAGCACGUCUUUGCUUUUUUGAUGUGGAAGUCUUACCCGAUUUUCUUUCCCUGGGUGACUUUUGCCAGACAGGGGAGGUGAUGCUGUAGUCGGAGCUGGGCACAGCCUCGCCUUGUGUGGGUGUCCCUCUGGAGCUGUGACUGAGCAUGAGAGCAGAAGUUGAAACUGGGAUCACUGUGAUAUUGCACAUGGGAAAAAAAAUGCAGAUUGCAAGCAUAAUUCAUCUUUGACAUUAGAGAAAAAGCUGUUCUAGCACAAUUUAAAUCUUGAGAGCUUUUUUUUUUUUUUAGAUAGAAAAGGCUGAUAACCCUUUUUAGUUGAAUUUUAUAUCCUGUAACUCUUUGGAGGUUUCCAAGAUUCAGAAGAAAUUCAUUAAAGGCACCUAGUAGAGAUUGCUACUCUCUUUUAUUUUCAUACUUAGAUCUGCUGUACAUUGUAUAUAUAAUUUUUCAAAUGCAGAAAGAAGAUGACUUCCCCAAAUACAAUUGCAAGACAUUUCUUUUAUUCGGGGGGUGAGGGUGGUGGAAAUAUCAGAAUAAGUGGCAUUCGGAUUAGGGUCUUAAAAUAUAAACCAAGGAUCUUAAAAAAAAAAACAACAUUUAAAUAGAUGCUUAUUUUCCCAAAUUUAAAUUUAAGCUAGAAAUGUAAAUAUGCAGUUAACUUGUUGAAGGUACUUUUAUAAACUUAAAAAAUUCUAACCAAAAUUUUAGAAAGUCGGGCUCUUUUAGAAAGAAAGCUACACCCAUUUCCUCAAUAACUGUUCUGACAGUUCCUAUGGUGGAAUGCACCAUGUAUAAACUGUGAAUUGUAUUGACAAAUAAAGUUUGUAAUUAAAGUCAGCAUUUUCUGAGUCUCCUGCUUGCUGCUGAGAAUGGAGAUGGGAUUCUAGCCGAGCAGAACUCCAGGAUGUCACCUUUCAUGCUGAGUUUUCUGUGGCUCCUUCAUUCACAAUAUUCAAGAAAUAUUUUUGAUGCGGUAUUACUACCCUUGUUAAAUAUGUGCAGAAUGUUCUUCUUGGUGACUGUUAAUCAAAAGUAAAUAUCCUGACAUUUCCCUUUGGAAAUAUGAUAUUUUAAAUAGCAUGUAAAUUCAAGAUUGUUUCUACAUUAUGACAUAUUAAUGUCUUAUUUUAUCAUUGUAAGACCUUAUUUUGACACUGAAGUAAUCUGAAUGCCAAACAUCGGCACCUGAAUAUUUUUUGUAAGGGAAAAAACAAUCAAAACAUCCUGGCAGUAUCAAAGCCCAAAGAAGUCAGUUGCCAGCUAAUCUUCUAGACCUCAUACCCCAAAUAUUUGAACAACAUACCUUAUCAAUAUCUUGCAUAAAUGUAUUGAUUCAUUCCUAAGCACCUUGAUGCUCAGUAAAUGUCCUAAACCUGGUUCCCAACAUUAUCCUCAAAAUUGGGGAAAAUCUAAGAAAAACUGUAUAUCAAUUUUAUUUCCUCAAGCUUUAAUGUGUUUACUUACUGUGGAGAGAACAUUGAUACAGAUUUUGACAUAGUCUCAAAUUUUCUAGUGAAUUUUUUUCAUUGGACCGGUUUUAAAAGUAGUUUUGCCCUGAAGAAUAUCUGAAAAAAAAAAGUACUAGAACCAGCAAGAAUCAGGAACUCUUUGAUAUGAAAUCUUAGACGUGGAUUCUAGAUAAGAAUCCUCUACCUUACGGCUAUUACAUGUAAAAGUGAUUAUUUUGGAGUUCUUUCAAUUUCUUAUACAAAUCCAUAUAUUUUGCUACCUAGUUAAUGUCAUCCACCCUUUUUUCAAUAAUAUUUCACUUUUGUAAUACAGGAAGAAGUGAAACUUCUAAAGCCAAGAGAGAACUGAAUAAUUUGUUUCUUAGCCAUCAAUAAAGUGGGAGCAGUGUGUAUGGAGGGCUUUGUUUCUUUCUCAGAUUCUAAGGAAUAUGUGACAUACAAGAAAGACUAAAUUCCACCUCACUUUGUGUAAAAAAAUCUGUGGAAUUCUUUGAUUCUUAAGGCUAGAGUUUCAAGCAGACUAAGGGAAAUUUUAGAUGGAAUACCAAAAAAAAAAAAAAAAUUCAUCCAUUCUGAAGACUUGAGAUACCUAUUUAUGCCUAAGAACUACAGACCUAGAUCAACUUACAUUGUUUUCCUUUUUAAAAAAAUGUUUGCUGUUCUAGUAAAAUCAUAACUUAUUUGUGGUUUGCAUUCCUUAUUAAAGUACGAGUAUAAAUUUGCUUUUGUAUAAAGUAAAAGAUGUCUCUAUUUGAAUACUCAUAAUUCCAUUAAAAUUAAUAUAUGAUUUUGCUCCAG